CACUUUUCUUAUGGGCAGAUCCGCAACAAAAUCCGUUGCUCGGGUAUAUUGCGACGUCAAUGCUCGGUUAGGUCCUUCGUGGCAUGAAUAUGAUAACCUACAGGUUCAAUGGGGAUCGCAAGAUCAUUACGAGAUAGUUCGAAAAGUCGGGCGAGGGAAAUACUCUGAGGUGUUCGAGGGCGUGAACGUGGUCUCUGAAGAAAAAUGUAUUAUCAAAGUGUUGAAGCCCGUUAAGAAGAAAAAGAUCAAGCGCGAAAUCAAGAUUUUGCAGAAUUUGGCCGGGGGCCCCAAUGUUGUUGCUUUGCUUGAUGUCGUCCGCGAUCCCGCAUCCAAGAUUCCAAGCCUAAUUACCGAAUACGUUCACAACGUCGAUUUCAAAGUCCUAUACCCCCGCUUUACAGACUUGGAUGUUCGCUUCUACAUGUUUGAGCUUUUAAAGGCACUUGACUAUUGUCAUUCAAAAGGCAUCAUGCAUCGAGAUGUGAAACCCCACAACGUGAUGAUAGACCAUGAGCAUCGCAAACUUCGUCUCAUCGACUGGGGCCUGGCUGAAUUCUACCAUCCCAAAACGGAGUAUAACGUUAGGGUGGCAUCCCGCUACUUCAAAGGCCCCGAACUUCUUGUGGACUUUCAAGAAUACGAUUAUAGUUUGGACAUGUGGAGUUAUGGUUGUAUGUUUGCUUCGAUGAUUUUUCGAAAGGAACCCUUCUUCCAUGGACACGACAAUUAUGACCAACUCGUCAAAAUCACGAAAGUCCUAGGCACUGAUGAAUUGUAUUCUUACAUCGACAAAUAUAACAUCAGGCUUGAUUCCCAAUACGAUGAACUUCUUGGAAGAUAUCCAAGAAAACCUUGGACUCGUUUUAUUACCUCGGAAAAUCAGCGUUAUAUUUCGAACGAGGCUAUUGAUUUUCUCGAUAAACUUCUUCGCUAUGAUCAUCAAGAGCGAUUGACAGCACGGGAAGCCCAAUCUCAACCCUACUUUGAUCCCAUCCGGACUGAGAGCCCCGCCACCGCUGUUGAUGGAGAGAGCGACUCAGCGUCCUCAGGAUGAUUGAUAUCCAUGGAUUUCCCGCACUGUAUUCUCCCUACAUGUUUCAUGUACGUCUUAAGUAUCUAUAGAGCUUGUCUUAUCUAGCUUCUCCGAUAAUUCCUUAAAAUAGCGUC